UGAAAUACAUUCUCACUACAGAUUAAUAUUUAACAAUUCAAUGGUUCAUAAAGGAUCACAAAGGGCCUAGCAAAGCCAAAGAAAUGGAGAAAAGCAAGCCGUAAUCUAUCGAAAAUUUGUGUAUCAAAUGGGAGUUGUAACGUGUAUAUCAUCCGAUCUAUUCGAAACCUCUAAAUAAUGGUUAUGAGUUGGCGUUUGGUUUGGUUUCAAAUUGCCCGUCUGAAAAUGCACUGAUGCAAGGAGAAAGACGUUUAAUUGUUCACAUAGCGACGAAGUAGGAAGCGAAAUUCGUUUGCUGAAGACAAUCGAUUAUAAUAACAAGGUUAUAAAUUGUUUUGAUCACUAUGUUGUAAUAAAUUCGCAUGUUGACACGAAAUUGUCAGUAGGGGACGUUGUAUACGGUAUAUUUGUAAGUUGGAGGUGAUAUUGCCGAGGAGACAAAUUAUAUGUACACAAUUUUUAUGGAUCUUGGAUUUUAUUUAUUUUUCACGUGAACGGUAGCUGCUGACAAGCUCGGCUGGUAAACAUUUCGUUUGUGUUGAGCAUUGUGUUUUUUUACUGGAAUGUCAACAGGACGUUUCGUGUGCAAAUUUUCUGCAUAGCAUUACAGAGGGAAAAGUUUGUUUAUCAAGGCUGCAUAAAAGGAAAUUCAGGUCUACGGACAGCGAAACCAGAAAACUCUGCAAGCAAAGUUUCUGGUGAAAGAAAGUCGAUUUAGGUCGCUUGCAAGAUUGGUCUGUGGGCGUUCGCCGGUAGUGCAAAGCGUACAAAAUGUUCUUGAGUGAGAUCAUACGGAACUUUGAUUCGCAGCUGAGCCAAGAGCAAACCUGGGCUGUUUGUUAUGUCACUGCAAAUAACUUGGCGAGCAAGAGACGCGAAAAUGUGACGAGGCGGAGGAAAGUGAGUUUUGAAGUUGAAGCCGAAACGAUACAGCUCACGGAAUGCGGAAAUGUUCUUGUAAUGAUGAGGGAAUGUACGGGCAGUGUACAGCUUGAAAGCGAACUUGUCGAAAGAUUAGGCCAACUUCUUUGCAAAUGCCUAAACAGAAAACCCGAUAAAUAUUCAUUGCAAAAUAACAACAGCUGUGAACCUGACAUUGGGCAGUUUAUUACAGAAAUUUUGUUUCCGAAAUGCGAGGAAAAUGAUGAGGGUUACGAAGGUGACGAUACUGUUUCGCCACGAAAUUCGUUUGGGCGUGUGAAACAUUGUCGGACCCUUGACGAAAUUUGCCAGUAUUGUGACGUCAGGCUUCUUGAGAAGAACAUAAAAAGUGGCAGCGAACAUUACCGAAAUGUCGUAGCUGCGCUUUACGGAGAGGCACUUGAACUGAAGCUGUUCUUAGAUCACGUAACUUCGAGUCUCGAUACCGCGAGCGAAAAAUCAGAGAACCGCAGCCUGGAACCAAGUGUGGCCGAUACUGCACAAGAAUGCGUUUAUGAAUGGGCCCGUCUAUGGCUCCAAGUUAUGCAUGAGUUACGACGCGGAGUACAUUUGCGAAAGGUGACGCAAACUGAAAUUUCGCCAGAAGAGUUCGAGCUGUUGCCGUAUGAAAUGGUUUCAGAUGGUUGUGUUUCAUCCGGCAUAAAGCUAAAACCCGGUGAAGCAAGCGGACUGCCAGAAAAUGCAAGCGAAGUGAUUCUGGACUUCAUAUUGUCUAGGCCGGUCGAAAAGAAAAAGAAAACGCUUCUACCAUAUAUCGAAGAGGACGCAAGUGAAUCCGACGAAAACCACGAUUUAGAAGUCAGUAAAAUCACAGAGGAGUAUGAAAAUGCCGCUUUUGAUCACAGACGAAAAUCGCUAAAAGUUGAAUCGCCACUUUGGUCAAAAAUACACAACUGGGAUGCGAGCCUCGAAAGCUUGUUGUCUGACGAUCGAGUUCUUGAUCCGCCAAAACCGCGGACAGAAUUGUUUUCAACUGAGAGAAAUGAGCCACGAAGAAAUUCUGUUGAUAUGGGCGUUCUGCAUUUGAAAGAGAGCAAAGAGAAUUCUCCAGAACACAUUGGUGGCCAGGAUGUUCCAUUUGGAGGUCUGGGCACAAGCAAUGAAACACUGGACCAUACAAAGAAGCGGUUAGCUGUGAGCGCAAUGUGUUUGACUGAGGUGAGCUUGGACGAGGACCCGCGGGCGGUCGGAACUUCGUUAUACGAAAUAGCGAAGACAAGACAAGCAAUCACGUUUGCGGAACUGGAUGCCCUACCCGCAUCAGUUGGAAAAAACCGCGGUGUGAAAAAUGGAAAGAUCUGCUUCUCGUGCAGAAAGACAUCCUUUUCCUUGCUCAAUAAGGCCAGUUUCUGUGAUAUCUGCACCAAAAGGUUUUGCAAUAACUGCAUCGUGACAAACUUCGAAAUACCAAACCACCUUGUUGAUGUGAACAAAAAUAAAUGCGAUGAGAAUCAAGGGGACUUGAAUAAGACGAAGUUCCUAAGCAAAAGCUACGGGAAUAUAGCAGAGAGCAGCUCAAACGACACAAUCACGCCAUUUCCGUGCAAGCGGCAGUCCUUACUUCGCAUUGGCUCAAAACGAAUUUUUGGCGGGAAAACUGUCAUAGUCUGCAAAGAUUGCAAAUGUUUUCUUAGUUCAAUUAUAACAGAAACAAAAAAUUAUAGAUGGCAUGUAGGAAUGGAAAUAGAUAUAUGAAAUUCUUAGUUUUGCGAUUAUACUAAUUUUUAUAUGAUAAUUUAAUGCUAGUUAGGAUUAAGUUUUAGUAUUUAAUUGUAAAUAGUUAGAUGUUUUUAUAGCUAGUUUAAUGUAUUAGGCACCACUUAUUUCAAUUAGACAUUUUUAUUAUUUUUAGAUUGGAGCGAACUUUCUUUCUGUUACGAAUGGAUAUAUUUUGUUGCUUAGAGUUUGUAUAAUGUAAUUCAGUUUCCUCGGAUUUCGACUUUCAUACCAAGUCGUGCUAGUAUUUUUGCGAAAUUCUGCGUAAUUUCGUUUUCGUUCCACUAUACUCUAGUUAAUAAACAAUACUCUGCAAGGCAACGGACGAUUCACAAGGGAGACAUACUAAAAAAAGUAUUUGAAUAAGAAGCAGGAUACAAUUUCUAAUAAAAAAAACUAAACCUUGUGAUAAUUACAAUUUUGUCAACAUUUUAUAAAAAGUAGUUGAUAUAGAAAUAAAAUAGAAGAUAGAAAGGAAUUAAGACACCCACUUAAAUAUCAAAAUGUUCCUCAAUUAAGUGAUCAUCAAAUUUCUUACAAAAAUGCCUACCAAAUUAAAACCGAGUGAAAGGCAAUAAGAUUAUUAUCGUUUGUUUUAGAAUUGUCUUAAAGUUCAGUAUGAAAUAGUAAUACAUACAACAAAUGUCAUGAUGUCAUCACUAAAGGACUAUUAAUCUCGUUGUAAGGGCUCUACGUGUGCAUGGUAGUGAAGAAAUGGAACCAAUAUCGUUCGAUUUUAUUUGCUUGCAUAUGGUACAGGACCAACACCCCCAAACUGGGUAGAAGUAGAUGGUAAGGGCACCACCAGGCUUUUAAAUAAAGACUCGAUUAUUUACAGAAAGCGUUGGCCAAUUAAAAAUUAAAGGCUAGCGUAUUGAUUUCAUCACCAAAAAGGUAGCAGCCCAAAAUCCACUCAAUUAUGCAUUCUUGGCAACGGAAAAUAAAAAGGGGCAAAACUCCUGUUUCAGGCAUCGCGGAGCUCUAGCCCCCCCCC